UUUUUAAAAAUAAAAAAUCAUUUUUUUUACUUGUAUAUGUAAGUCAUUGUAACGGUAGGAGUAUAUGUGAGUUAUUUGUGUAACAGUAAAGUAUAUAUGAGCCACUUUUAUAACAAGGAAUAUGUUGGGUUAUAUAUGAAGCCAUUUUCUCUUUACAUUUUUACAUUGCUAGUUACUCGAAUAGUUGUGUUUGCCUUUUUCUUUUAGUUCUCUGAAUUUCUGCCUUAAACAAACAGUUUGAGAGAGCAUCAUUACCUCAAGAAUUGUUCAAUGGAUAUACUUAUUAAUGUUAUAAGUGGCUUUAUUGUUGAGGUGGGAAAGUUUGUAUGUAAAUGCAUCUAUCCUAAUAUUGAAAAUACUGUCCAUUUCUCAUCAAAUGUUGAAAAUUUAACGAAGGAAAUGGAGACGCUAAAAGAGUUAAGAGAUGAUAAGAAAGAAAAGGUGGAAAAAGCUGAGGAAAAAGGCUAUAAACCAAAAUCAGAUGUUAUCAAGUGGAUCGACGAUGUUUGCCAGCUGGAGAAUGAAUGGAAAAGUAUGCAAGAAAACAUUGCAGCAGCGAAGACACUUACAUAUAGGUGUUGUCCCAAUUGCAGCCUCCGCUCUGAAGUCUGGACUCAAGCACAGAAUAAUAUCGAAGUUAAACUUUGCAGUCUUAAAAAUGGCGGAGAAAGCUUUGGAUCCAAUUUGAUGGAAGAAAAUUACCGUAUGGAAAAAGUUGAGCACUUACCAGGACCAUCAAUAAAAGACCAGCCAGCCGCAAGAAAGAAUCUCGACAAAAUCCUCGAACACUUGGAAAACGAUGAGGUUGGCAUCAUCGGAGUGUGGGGUGCAGGAGGAAUUGGGAAAACUACUUUGGUGAAGAAUUUGAACAAUGAGCUUAAACAGAUUGACGUGUCAAUUAGGUCUAAACUGUCUUUUGGUGUUGUGAUAUGGGUUACAGUACCCAAACCGCCAAUAGACAUAAGAAAAGUUCAAGCACAAAUUGCUGACAGAUUAAGCCUAGAGGUAAAUACUGAUCAGGGAAGUGAAGAAAGCAAUGCCAGCAAAAUCUAUCAAAGGCUUAAGCAGGAAAAGAGUUUCCUUGUGAUACUAGAUGAUGUUUGGGAAGCUAUAGAUUUGGAUCAUGUAGGUGUGCCCCAACCCAAAGAUCACGCAGGAAGCAAUGUUAUUAUUACUUCUCGUAAACGGAAGGUUUGUGAGGGAAUGAAAACACACACCAUAAUGAAUAUUUUCACAUUGGAUGAAGAUGAAUCUUGGCAUCUGUUUAUUGAAAAUGCGGGAGACGUUGCCAAUCGGGUGGAUAUUCAGCCAUCAGCAAUGGGUAUUGCAAAAGAGUGUGGUGGUUUACCUUUAGCAAUCACUAUUAUUGGAGCAUCUAUGAGAGGGAAGAACAUGGUCGAGGAAUGGGAAGAUGCUUUGGAAUCACUUAGAAUGUCUGAACCUAAUGACAAAGACACAGGAGAUAAGGUUUACCAGGUCAUCAAAUGGAGUUUUGAUUCUUUAGAGCAAAGAAGCAAUAGGAACAAAAGGAGAAGUGACAUUCAAAGUUGUUUCUUGUAUUGCUCCUUAUAUCCAGCGUCUAUUCCAACAAAUGAUCUCAUACAUUGCUGGUGGGCAGAGGGGUUCCUUGGUGAACAUGACACAUAUGAAAAAGCUUACAACAGGGGAAUCACAAUUAUUGAGGAUCUAAAAAAUGUCUGCUUACUAGAAGAAGCCCAUAAGAUGGAUUGUGUGAAGAUGCAUGAUGUGGUUCGUGAUGUUGCUAAAUGGAUUGAUGAUUCCUUUGGGUUAACUGACAUUUCACAUGUUGAAGUAGUGUCAGCUUCUGUCAAGAGAUUAUCUUUCAUAACCCAAGGAAUUCAAUAUCUACCUGAUAACUUCACGGAAUGCCCAAAGACAACAUCUUUACUUUUGCAACGCAAUGAAUCCCUUGUGAAAAUUCCCGAUAAAUUCUUUUUGUCAUUUCCAGUUCUAAGAGUUCUGAACCUGAGUUAUACUCGUAUUAGAGCACUGCCUUGUUCCGUCAACGAGUUACGUCAGCUACGUGCUCUAAUACUACAAAAUUGCCGCAUGUUGGAAAUGUUACCAUCUAUUGGUAAUCUUUGCAAUUUGCAAUUGCUUGAUUGUGAUAACACAAGGUUACAUUGCCUGCCGGAAGGAAUGGACAAGUUGACAAAUCUGAGGCUAUUAAAUAUGCCUUUAGGUAAGUUUAUGAAGAGAAUCGACCUGGGGUUUCCUACGAGUUACAAAGGCUUGAAAUGUUACAUCUACCCAUAAGACGUAGAGAUGUUGCAGGAAGAGUUCUAUUUCUUGAGCUACUUCAUCCAUUGACAAGACGUAGAGAUGUUGUUGAAGCAACUUCUUUUGAUGAGAUAUCACAUCUACCCAAUCUGACAUCACUUUUUAUUUACUUGGAUAGCUCAUCAAUUUCAAUUUUGAAAAGUGACCACACCUGGAUGAAAAGAUUGAAAACAUUUCACAUUACAGUUGGGAAUACUAAAACUCCUGAAGAGGUACCAUACAACAAGUCAACAAGGGCGAUAUGCCUCUCACAUUUUGACAUUUUCAAUAACAAAGACUCGCUCUCAAGCUUGUUGCAGUUUGCUUCAGAUUUGUACUUGGAAGAAUGCAUGGGCCUCACGAAGUUCAUUCGGAACAACAGUUUUGAUGGAUUAAAAUCACUAAACAUAAAGCGCUGCUCUUGUGAUUUUGGACCAUCGAUAGAAGGAAGUGGACAGUUUGAUGAUCCUUUGCCAAAUCUGGAAAUUCUCAUUCUCUCUUCUGUACAUAAUUUAAAGAGUGUUUCUGAUUUCGGUCAUUUUCUGGGUCUAAGAUUUUCUAAAUUACGCAAACUGGAUGUAUUCAGUUGUGAUAAUUUAACAUGUCUUUUUAAUGUUGGUGGAGCUUUUUCUGUACCCAGGCACUUGGAAGAAAUUUCACUUUCCUCUUGUUAUCGGCUGACAAAGUUACUGGCACAAGACGGCUCAAGAACGUUUGGGGAGCCAGAGAGUAUGUGGGAACACCUGGAGGAACUUAAGGUGAUCGGAUGCAAUGGAAUAAGGAAGUUGCCUCUCUCUAUUCAAACCUCCAACAAAAUCAAAGAAAUAAGAGGAAAAUCAGAAUGGUGGAACCGCCUGAAGUGGGAUGACGAAAAAUACAAGUCAAAUUUAGAGCAUUGUUUCAGUAGCUGAAAUUCGACGUGUGAGUUUAUUUUAUUAUGAGCGAACAUAAUAUUUCAGAUUUGACUUCUAGGGUUGGGGUGGACUUUUUUAUUUGAUGAUAAAUAUAGCAAUAUAAAUGUUAUUAGAUU